AUGCAACAACCCACCUUGGAUUCAAAACGACUCGAUCCCAGUUCCACCGUCAACGGAAAACCAACUAACCUCUCCGGCGAGCUCUCUGGGGCGGCGAGAAUCUCCAGACCGGGCCACCGGAGAUCGGUCUCCGCCGGAGCGCCGUUAAUCUACUCCGGCGGAGCGAGUUCGAGUCCAACAUUACUCCCGAGCGGUAACAUUUGCCCCUCCGGGAAGAUCCUGAAACCGGGUUUACCCUCUCGCGGACCCAACCGAACCGAUGUGUUGGGUUCGGGGACAGUGAACUACGGGCGCGGUAGCAUAAUGCGAGGGUCGGGUGCUAAUCAUGUGGGUGCAGGUGCAUCGGCGCUUACGGUGAAGCGCGCGAUGAGUGGCUCCGAUCCCGAGGAGGUGAAGAGGUUGGGGAACGAGUUGUAUAGGAGCGGGAACUUCGUGGAGGCGUUGGCAUUGUACGAUCGUGCCGUCGCGAUUUCGCCGGGGAACGCCGCUUGCCGGAGCAAUCGUGCGGCGGCGCUGACGGCGUUGGGGAGGUUGGGGGAGGCGGCAAGGGAGUGUGACGAGGCUGUGAAGUUGGAGGGUGGUUAUGCGAGAGCUCAUAAGAGACUCGCAUCUCUUUAUCUACGGUUUGGGCAGGUUGAGAAUUCGCGGCGGCAUCUCUGUCUCUCUGGGAUUGAAGAGGAUGAAUCUGAGGAGCAGAAGUUGUUGUUGUUGGAUAAGCAUUUGAAGCGAUGUGCAGAUGCAAGAAUGAUUGGUGAUUGGAAGAGGGCACUUAGGGAAUCUGAGGCAGCCAUUGCUGUUGGUGCUGAUUUUUCCCCUCAGAUUGUUGCUUGCAAGGCGGAAGCUUAUUUAAAACUGCAUCAACUUGAGGAUGCUGAAUCGAGGCUCUCAAACAUGCCAAAGUUGGAAGGGUGUCCUCUACCAUGUUCUCAAGUCAAGUUCUUUGGUAUGGUUGGUGAAGCCUAUGUUCAUUUUGUGUCUGCGCAGGUUGAGAUGGCAUUGGGAAGGUUUGAGAAUGCUGUCGCGGCAGCAGAAAAAGCAAGCCUGUUAGAUUACAGUAAUGUUGAAGUGGGUAGGAUUGUAAAUAUUGUUAAAAUGGUGGCAAAAGCUCGUUCCAGGGGCAAUGAUCUUUUCAGCUCUGGCAAAUUUUCUGAAGCUUGUUCUGCUUAUGGAGAAGGCCUUAAGUAUGACAGUUCCAAUUAUGUUCUAUAUUGCAAUAGAGCUAUUUGUUGGUCUAAACUUGGACUGUGGGAACAAUCAGUUCAAGAUUGCAAUCAAGCUCUUAACAUUCAACCAAAUUACACCAAGGCUCUUUUCCGCAGGGCUGCAUCAAAUGCAAAGCUUGAAAGAUGGACAGAAGUUGUUAAAGAUUAUCAGGCAUUAAAACGUGAACUCCCUAAUGACAAUGAAGUUGCUGAGUCUCUUCAUCAAGCUCAACUAGCAUUAGAAAAAUCUCGACAAGUGGUAUAUGGUACCAAGUUUGGAGUUGAAGUUGAAGAAAUCUCUGCAUUAGAUAAAUUUAAAGCUGCCAUUGCAUCUGCUGGUGUUUCGGUAGUUUAUUUCAAAGAGGCAUCAAAUGAACUAUGUGAAGAAAUAUCUCCAUUCAUAAAUACAUUGUGUGUUAGAUAUCCCUCUAUUAAAUUUAUUAAGGUGGACGUGGAGGAGUGUCUGGCAAUAGCAAAAGCUGAAAGCAUAAGAAGUGUUCCAACUUUUAAAAUUUAUAAAAAUGGAGAAAAGGUGAAGGAGAUGAUCCGGCCAACCCAUCAGUUUUUAGAGGAUUCAGUAAGGAAAAGUAGUAGUAGUCUCUAG